CGCUACGCGGAAGUCCCUCUCUGCUUCCUGUCGCGGUUGUUGACGGACGCUCUCGUCUGGACUCCGAUGGUGGGCGCGUGCGCGGUAGCCGCGCUAUCCCCGGCCACCGCUUCCAUCUCCAGCCCGCCGCCGCCUUUGCCCCGCAGCUUCCGCCUGAGCUGCCGCCAGGACUCCCGCGCGGCGAGGCGCGGCGUCGGUCUCGCUCGUUUCUCCCGCGACGCCAACGACGCCAAGGCGGAGCCUGGCAGCAAGGAGCGAACCCCGCAGGACGACGACGCCGGCUACCUGUGGACGCUGGGCCUCGGGUCCGUCGGCGGCGCGGCCGCCGUGAAGUACGGCAGCGUCCUGCUACCAGACAUCACGCGGCCCAACAUCGUGCAGGCGCUGCUCAUGGUGUCCCUGCCCAUGGUGGCCGCCGUCCUCAUCCUCCUCAACCUCAGUUCCUCACAGGAUUCAAGCUGAUAUGCCCUUGUUCAGUUUCACUUUAAAUUGUACUCAACGCCUUGUAAGAUGAAUAAAAUGGAUAUGCACAAGUGGGUAAACAUUCUUCUAUC